UGUGUGUGUGUGUGUGUGUGAGAAAGCGAGUAUUGAAGCGAUCGAACGAAAAAAGGAGCAAGAGAAUGAGGCAGACUUCGUAUAUGGAAAUGACAAAUACAUGUGAGAGUGAGUUUUGCACGGGCGCAUAGUAUUUCUAAUGCUUUGCAACACACCAACACAUGCGCACCGCAACAACGUAAACACGCACAGACCCAGAGACACCGAAGAGCAUUAUGCGUGUGUGAGAGAGAGAGAGAGAGAGUCAGACCGAGCGAGAGAGAGUGUGUGAGAGCAGCGCAUGAGAAUUGACGAAAUUCAGUGGGCAAACGGUGAAACACAAAGAAAACGAGCCAACAGCGGCGACAUCGUUCACUAAAGUACAUGCUUGCGAGCCAUUUUUCAAGCAAGUAGUAAUUUUUCAGCACCUAAACACACAUUCACAUCAGUUGCGUCGUCAAUAUCGAAAACCAUAUUGGUGGCUCUCUUGCUUGUUCAGUUUUCUUUUCAAUUUAUUCAGUUCAUCUUAAAUACAUCGAUUUAAGUCAAAAAGAUAAUUAAAAGAAAAAGAAACAACACAUCAUCCUUUUGUAAUUCAACACACACAAAAAAAAAACCAAAUAAAAAAAUCAAAGAAAAUUCCAAAACCGAAAAAUUUUCUCAAAACAAAAUCAACAUAUUCUUUGUGAAAGGUCCCCACCAUUAUUUCGGAACGAAAUAAGAAAAAAUAAAAACCAACAAUUGUUUUUCAUCAAGAGAACCGAACGAAGAAAAAAAAACCACACACACACACAUACUUUUUGCUGGUUCAUGAAACGACAGGCAAUAGGAAACGAACAGAAAAAAUAAGUUUUUUUUUCUUGCAAUUUUCCAUUUGAAUUGCAAAUCGAACAUAAAUUGAAAGGAAACUUUGACGAAAAGCAAGACAGAGAUACAAAUACACGAACAAGACAAACGGAACGAAACGGGAAAAAAGAGCACCCAGAAGGCGAUCACAUCGAACGAGCAAAGUAAAGCGAAUCGAAGAAAAAAAAAACACUUUUUUUUUUUAACGCGAGUGUGAUUCAAACAGUGAAACAAAAUCGAACGAGUGUUAGAGACACCAUCCAAAAUCAAUGAUGUUUCCCAAUGGCUAUGGACACCCAUUCUUUCGGCCCCAGCGCAGUGAAGGUCAAGAACAAUUUGGCGGACCUCGUGUCUACCAUCAAAACCAUCAGUAUCAGUAUCCCGAUUUCGGUCAAACGAAUCGCUAUGAUCAUCCACGUCCAGUGAGAGAAUAUCGUCCAGGUGCGCCACGCACAAAUGGUGUCAACAAUUCCGCCACUUACAUCAAUUCCAAUAAAUCGCAAUACCAUGCAAACAACGGCACAGCCGGACCACGAUACAACAACUAUGCAUCCAAAUUUGAAACGGCCAAUAUGUCGAAAGAGGAACGUGCUCGAUUGCAAAGCGAAAAAGCCAAAAAUCCGGGCAAGGCAUUGCGCAUUCCCAUUUGGGAUAAAUUGGAGCCAUUCGAAAAGAAUUUCUAUGUGGUGCAUGCUAACAAUGCAACCCGUUCACAAGACGAUGUUGAUGCAUUCCGCUCAACACUCCAGAUCACUGUGUCGGGCAAUGGAUGUCCAGCACCAAUUCAAUCGUUCGAAGAGACCAAUUUCCCCGAAUCGGUCAUGAAGGAAAUGCAACGACAAGCAUUCACACAACCCACGGCGAUCCAAUCGCAGGGAUGGCCAAUCGCAUUGAGCGGCCGUGAUAUGGUUGGCAUUGCACAAACGGGCAGUGGUAAAACACUUGCAUACAUGUUGCCUGCUAUUGUGCACAUUCAACACCAGAAACGCCUUCAGCGCGGUGAUGGUCCAGUUGUUUUGGUGCUUGCACCAACACGUGAAUUGGCACAACAAAUCCAAUCGGUUACGAGUGAAUUUGGGCAAUCAACCAGCCCAUUGGUGCGUAAUACAUGCAUUUUCGGUGGUUCACCAAAGGGACCACAGGCCCGUGAUUUGGAUCGUGGUGUUGAGGUUGUCAUUGCCACACCCGGACGAUUGAUUGACUUCCUUGAACGUGGAAUCACAAAUCUUGCUCGUUGUACAUACCUUGUACUCGAUGAAGCUGAUCGCAUGCUUGACAUGGGCUUUGAGCCACAAAUCCGCAAAAUCAUCGAACAGAUUCGCCCCGAUCGCCAAGUGUUGAUGUGGUCGGCUACAUGGCCAAAAGAGGUUCAAGCACUUGCCGAAGACUUCCUUGGCGAUUACAUCAUGAUUCGCGUUGGAUCAUUGAGCUUGGCUGCAAACCAUAAUAUCCGUCAAAUCAUUCAAAUUUGUCAAGAAGAAGAGAAAGAACAGCGCAUCAUUAAGCUAUUGAAAGACAUUGCAGCUGAUCGUAACAAUAAAAUUAUUGUAUUCGUCGAAACGAAAAAGAAGGUCGAAGACGUUUUGAAAUUGAUUCGUCGCGAAAAUUUUGCAGCCCUCUCAAUCCAUGGUGAUAAAUCACAAAUGGAACGUGAUUCUGUUCUAAAUGAUUUCCGUUGCGGAAAAUCAUCGAUUUUGAUCGCAACUGACGUAGCAGCUAGAGGUUUAGAUGUUGAAGACGUUAAAUAUGUCAUCAAUUAUGAUUAUCCAAAUUCAUCGGAGGAUUAUAUUCAUCGUAUUGGACGAACUGGUCGGUGUCAACAGUCGGGCACCGCCUAUACAUUCUUCACCAACUCGAAUGCACGGCAAGCCCGUGAAUUGGUUGGCGUUUUGGAAGAGGCCGGCCAAAAUCCAGAGACCGCACUUCUCGAAUUGGCUCGCAUGAACGGUGGCGGCAAAAAUGGAUCUCGAUCACGCUAUAACAUUCGUCCACAAAAUGGUUAUGGAAUGAAUAAACAGCCACUGAUGAAUGGAAUGUACAAUGGCAUUCACAAAAAUCACAUGAACCCACGACCCAACUCAUGGCAACAGCCCAUGCAACACCAACAGCAAACAUAUGAAGGCAGUACAUGGCGUGGAUCACAACCAGAAGGAAGCGGCAAUGUUGAGCGUUAUGGCCAGAAGCAGCCGACUCCACGUUUCCAAGGCACCAAUCCACAGUACAAUGGACACCAAACGGAGGUCGUACAAAAUGGUGCCGAUGGCAAACCAUUGCGGCAACCACGACCAAACAACUACCAGAAUCGUCAGAACGGUACAUAUGUGCCACGGACUAACAACAAUCCAGCGGCCGCUGGUGCUCAUCAGGCUCCGUACGGCAUGAAUCCAAAUGUGAACGGAUACCAAGGAAACCGCGGCAAACCAGAGGGUUUCUAUCAAAACCGUAAUCCAAACAAUCGCUACCAAGGUGGUCCAGCUGGUGCUAUGCAAACUGGCAAUUAUCAUCAUCGCAAUCCAUACACACAGCAGCCAAAUGCAAAUGGCGUGAACCCGAACACCGGUAUUAUUGUUGACGGUGGCGCAGCACCGCACAUCAACGGUGAUGCAUCACCAAAUUCAAUCAAUGUCGAUCCAUACAAUGGAAACGCCGAUGAUUUGCAAUCACAACAACAACCGCAAGCUGCUGCUCAGCAACCAGCUCCAGCUCAAGCGUACAGCUCAACUGGAUACCCAGCUGCACCAUCUCCAAACGCCCUUUACUCUGGCCAAUACAUGGUUGAUGCUGGCGUUCAAAACAUUAUCGGGAGUCGUUUCUUCCCAAAUGCACGUGGAAUGGCACACGGCCCAUUGCAACAACCACCGACACAAUCGCAACAGACAAAUUCGUGCGGUUUUCAGAGCAUAACACAGCACACGCCGUCACCAAUGCCAUCGCUAAAUGCUGCUCCAUACGGUCAAUAUGCGCCAUCAGCCUACUAUCAAUACACACCACCAACCGCUGCGGUUCAACAAUAAAUCGUUUGACAACGAUUUCACAAUUAAAAUCUUACCAAUUUUUUCUCCACCUGUAAUUGAAAAUCAAACAAUUAACCAGCUGGCUUUACCAACACCCCAAAAUCGAAAGAAAAAACAACCGAAACGCAAAAAUUCAAUAUCUCCAGAAACAGCAGCCACAGCAACACGAAAAAAACCAAACACACGGGCAAAUGAUCGAAACCGAGAGCAGAGCCAUUCAUUACACUCUGUCUCCAUUGUUCGAGCAGACAUCAAUGUCGUCCAUAAAUUAUUGAAAACUCUCUGCAAAGAAAACAACCACAAACACACAACACAAAAAAACCGACAUAAUUUUUUUUGUUUUGGGGUAAGUAAAGUUUCGACCGCUUUCGGUCACACUUUCAACUUACGCAUUAUUCGUAAUUUAAUUAAUUAAUUUCUUUCUUUGAAAACACAACAAAAAAAAACAACCCUAAUUUUAAGUGUAAAAGUUCUUUAUCAAACUUGUAUUUUGGAAGAAGAAAAAAAAACAAAUUUAGAAGAAGAUGAAGAGAAACGAAACAAAAAAAGAAAUUCUGAGAAUUUCGCGAAAACGAAAUAUGUGAUGGCGAACGAUUUGGUUGUAGUUAAACAUAUAAACACACGGAUCAAUGUAACGAAUUUUUGCUCUCGCUUUCAAGAGGAUUUUUAAUCAAUUUUUUUUUCUGUUCGUUUUGAAUUAGACAACAUUGUAAAUCAAGAGCAAAGAAACAAACAAAACAUAUUUUGUGGAAACGAAAUUGAAAAAAAAAAAACCAUAAGGAAGAAGAAAAAAUAUCGAAACAUAUUUAGAAAAGCAACCGGCAAUGCAAGCAUUUACCGAAGAAAUUUCUUUUAAGAAACCCAAAAUUUAUUUUCCAUUUGAAAUGAAAGAAAAAUACGAAAAUUUCAAAACAUUGUUGUUUCUCUCUUUAUCGAUUAUUUCUCGCACAUUUCAAUGAAAUGGACACAAACUAUUUAACCAAAAAAGAAA